AUGCUUUUUGUAGUACCGAUCAAAGCGGCCGCAUCAGCUCUCUCCCUUCCGGUGCAUGAAAUUGAUACAUUUACUGGAUGGACGCCCCCAACUUCGCCGAAUGGCCCCAUCAACUUGAUCAUUGCCGUGUCGUUUGGACGCUUCGUCCCGCCACGUAUAUUGAAUGGAGCCAAAUACGGUGGCUUGAAUGUACACCCUUCAUUACUACCAGCCUUCCGCGGCCCUGCACCUGUGCAUCACACCCUUCUCGCUGGCGAGACAACCACCGGUGUGACACUCCAAACACUGCACGACAAAAGCUUCGACCACGGGGUGAUUCUAUCACAGACCCCUGCCCCCGGAUUCGACAUUCCAAACCCAGAAACCUGCACCGUCCCUGAGUUGCUGGACAUUGUCGCGCCGAAAUGUGCCGAAAUGCUUGUGGAAAGUAUCGACAAAGGGUUAUACGUGCCACCAGUCAAGGAAGUCGGAUGGCGCUCUACCGAGGACACUAGUGAAUUGAUCCACGCUUCUAAGAUCACACCCGAGGAUCGACACAUCGACUGGGCGAAAUGGACCUCGACAGAUAUAAGCAGACGCAACCGGGUGAUUGGUCCUCUAUGGAGCAAGGUCCUAUGCGCUACCAAAGGUGAAGAUACACAACUCUCAUUCCAACACAAACGAGUAAUCUUCACCGACUUCGAGGAAGUAGACCCACCUGAGAUGUCUGAAUCGUUCUCUAUCCUUCCUGGUAUUCCAUUUACAACUUCCUAUGUUCCGGACGAAUCGAGUGUUGAACAGCGUCUCUACGUGUUUACUACCGAUGGCAAGGUUCUUUGCAUCAAGUGCCUGAAAGUGGAAGGCCAAAAAGAUUCAGGUGCCUUCGUAGCCGCGCGCAGAGCUCGCAUGUUUGGUGACAAAAGCUUCCAAUAUGGAGACUGGAAACUAACUCCGUUCCGAAAUCCUUUUGUAUGA